AGAAACGUGACACACCAGCCCGCUCGGAGGGGUUUCGGACCGAAGGGAAGGAUCCGCGCUGCGUCGUCCGUCUCCUAGCGCACCACGGGCACUUCUCUCCAGCUUUCCCCGAACUCUCCGGCAAUCUCCGCGCGCCCUCAGGCCGCCCUUCCUGCCCUGGGCUCAGGACAACUUCUGGAGUGGGGUGCAAAGAAAGUUUGCGGCUCCUGCCGCCGGCCUCCCCGCCUCUGGGCCUAGGAGGUUUGCCGCCAGCGCCUGCCCGUACGGCCUUACCCGGACCGCGUCCUGCCCCGACACCGCAACCAUGAACAAGCUUUACAUCGGUAACCUCAACGAGAGCGUGACCCCCGCGGACUUGGAGAAAGUAUUUGCGGAGCACAAGAUCUCCUACAGCGGCCAGUUCUUGGUCAAAUCCGGCUACGCUUUCGUGGACUGCCCCGACGAGCACUGGGCGAUGAAGGCCAUCGAAACUUUCUCGGGCAAAGUCGAAUUGCAAGGAAAACGCCUGGAGAUUGAACACUCCGUUCCCAAAAAACAAAGGAGUCGAAAAAUCCAGAUACGAAAUAUUCCACCUCAGCUCCGAUGGGAAGUACUGGAUAGUCUGCUGGCUCAGUAUGGAACAGUAGAAAACUGUGAGCAAGUGAACACUGAGAGUGAGACAGCAGUGGUGAACGUAACCUAUUCCAACCGGGAGCAGACCAGGCAAGCCAUCAUGAAGCUGAACGGCCACCAAUUGGAGAAUCAUGCCUUGAAGGUCUCCUACAUUCCUGAUGAGCAGAUAGCUCAGGGUCCUGAGAAUGGGCGCCGAGGAGGCUUUGGCUCCCGUGGUCAGCCCCGCCAGGGCUCUCCUGUGGCAACAGGGGCCCCAGCCAAGCAGCAGCAGGUGGACAUCCCCCUUCGGCUCCUGGUGCCCACCCAAUAUGUGGGUGCCAUCAUCGGCAAGGAGGGUGCCACUAUCCGUAACAUCACAAAACAAACGCAGUCUAAGAUUGAUGUGCAUAGGAAGGAGAAUGCAGGUGCAGCGGAAAAGGCCAUCAGCGUCCACUCAACCCCCGAAGGCUGCUCCUCAGCCUGUAAGAUGAUUUUGGAGAUCAUGCAUAAGGAGGCAAAGGACACCAAAACGGCUGAUGAAGUCCCACUAAAGAUCCUGGCCCAUAAUAACUUUGUGGGACGUCUCAUUGGCAAGGAAGGGCGGAACCUGAAGAAGGUGGAGCAGGACACAGAGACGAAAAUCACCAUCUCCUCGCUGCAGGACCUCACCCUCUACAACCCGGAGAGAACCAUCACCGUGAAGGGGGCCAUUGAGAACUGCUGCAGGGCUGAGCAGGAAAUCAUGAAGAAAGUUAGGGAGGCUUAUGAGAAUGACGUGGCCGCCAUGAGCCUGCAGUCUCACCUCAUCCCUGGCCUUAACUUGGCCGCCGUCGGGCUUUUCCCAGCCUCGUCCAGUGCAGUCCCACCACCUCCCAGCAGUGUUACUGGUGCUGCUCCCUACAGCUCCUUUAUGCAGGCUCCAGAGCAGGAGAUGGUGCAGGUGUUCAUUCCUGCCCAGGCGGUGGGUGCCAUCAUCGGCAAGAAGGGACAGCACAUCAAGCAACUUUCCAGAUUUGCCAGUGCCUCCAUCAAGAUUGCUCCACCGGAAACACCUGACUCCAAAGUUCGAAUGGUUAUCAUCACCGGACCCCCAGAGGCCCAAUUCAAGGCUCAGGGGAGAAUAUAUGGAAAACUCAAGGAAGAAAACUUCUUUGGUCCUAAGGAAGAAGUAAAGCUGGAGACACAUAUCCGGGUGCCAGCCUCGGCCGCUGGCCGUGUCAUUGGCAAAGGCGGCAAAACGGUGAAUGAGUUGCAGAAUCUGACAGCUGCUGAGGUGGUAGUGCCGAGGGACCAGACGCCUGAUGAAAAUGAUCAAGUUAUCGUUAAGAUCAUCGGGCAUUUCUAUGCCAGCCAGAUGGCUCAGCGGAAGAUCCGAGACAUCCUGGCCCAAGUUAAGCAACAGCACCAGAAGGGACAGAGCAACCAAGCCCAAGCACGGAGGAAGUGACCAGCGCCUUCCAAUCCCAUUUGCUUCAGGAUGCCGGGCAGAACUGGGGAGUGCACUCUCCCGGCAGGCCUGAGAAUGAGUGGGAAUCAGGGACCUCGGGGCUGGGCUGGAGAUCAGGUUUGCCCACUUGCUUGAAAAGGAUGUUCUGGUGAGGAAUCCUGAUCUCUCCGUCCCAAACCCCUGACUGACCAGCCCAGCCAGGCCCACCACACCUUGGGGUGUCACCAUUCAAAUUCUAGCUCAGGGUGCUUUUAAACGUGGAUUGUUUAAGGAAGUUCUCCAAAUCCCACCAAGAGGAUGGUUCAGUCUCCAGUGGGGAAGAGAAAUAAAGUUUCCUGCAGGUUUAUAAAAAC